GCUAAAUUGCAAUAUGGGGUGGCAUCAUAUCCUCCUUCGUCUCCUCCUCUGUUUCCACUUUUUGUUACAUGCCUCCCUGCGAUUUUCUACGCCCCUUUGCCCUCCUGACCAACGCGAUGCCUUGCUCCAUUUUAAGAAUUCCUUCGUGCUCGAUAGCAUGGCGUCGGACUAUUGUGAUCGGGAUGGCCAUGCCGUGUCUUAUCCGAAGACAAACUCAUGGAACAAGGGCGUGGACUGCUGCUCGUGGGACGGCGUGUCUUGUGAUGGUGUCGCCGGCAACGUCAUCGGUCUAGAUCUUACUUGCAGUCGGCUUCGUGGUGCUCUCCAUUCCAACAGCUCCCUCCUUCUCCUUCGCCAUCUUCGGAGCCUCAACCUUUCCGGUAAUAACUUUGCUGGCUCACUCAUUUUAUCUAAUCUGAGUUCUCUUGCAACAUUGACUCGUCUGAAUCUCUCUCGUUCACACUUUUCGGGUUCCGUUCCCAGUGAAAUCUCUCACCUCUCCAAGUUGGUGUCGCUUGAUCUCUCUUUCAAUUAUAAUUUUGACACAUACCCAUUCCCUACUCUUAGGUUGGAAAAUUCGAUCUUCACAAUGCUGGUUCAGAAUCUUACAGCAUUGAGAAAGCUUGUUCUUGAUGACGUAGACAUGUCCAUGGUUUCACCAAAGCCCUUUGCGAACUUGUCUUCUUCUUUGACAUAUUUAAGUGCUCCUUCUUGUUCUUUAGGGGGUAUAUUUCCAAAUACAGUUUUUCAGUUACCGAGCCUUACUACUCUCGAUAUAAGUUUCAACUUUGACUUGUCCGGGAUUCUUCCAAAAUCCAAUUGGACUGGUCCUCUCGAGUCUUUGUCUCUUGGGCGUACGAGCUUUUCGGGAGAAAUACCCCAUUCGAUUGGUACCUUGAAGAGUUUAAUAGUUUUAGAUUUAACAGGGUGCAAAUUCACAGGACACGUCCCACAAUCAUUGGCAAAUCUCGAGCAACUCCAAGUUUUAUAUAUUGUCGGGAAUAGCUUUUCCGGGGUUGUAGAGUUUGAAAUCUUUAGAAAGCUCAAAAAUCUCCGAGAGCUUGGGGUUUCUCAAGAACUAAAUCUAAUGUACAAUACACUGAAGUAUACAUUCCCGAAGCUUGAAGUGUUAUGGUUGCCUUCUUGCAAAUUGACCAAGUUUCCCUAUUUCUUGAAUUCGUUGAAAAGAUUAACAUACUUAGACCUUUCUUCAAAUAGGAUUAGUGGGGAGAUCCCGAGGUGGUUUUGGGGAAUAAGCCAUGAUACAUUGAAAACAUUGGUUCUUUCUAAUAACCUUCUGGAGGGAGGUUUACAACAAUUGCACCGGAAGAAAUUGGGGAAUAUUAGCCUUCAGAAGAACUCAUUCCUUGGACCGCACCCCAUUCCUCCACCUUCUACUUCUUCCUUUCUUGCUUCUAACAAUGGUUCCACCGGUGAGAUCCCCUCUUCGAUUUGCCAAUUUAGUUCACUCAUAUCUUUACAUUUAUCGAACAAUAAUUUCUCUGGAAAUAUGCCAUCAUGUUUUGAUAAUAUAACCAAUCUCCAGGUUCUAGACUUGAGCAGCAAUAAAUUACAAGGACCAUUACCACGCUCCCUUGUCAAAUGCGUGAACUUAUCAAUACUACUUCUCGGUCACAACGAGUUUAGUGAUAUCUUCCCACAUUGGCUAAAAGCACCGCAACUGUAUAACCUUAAUUUGCAAUCGAACAAAUUUCAUGGUAGGAUCAACCUCACUGCCUUUGGACUCUCUUUCCCCACUCUUGAAGUUUUAUCUAUUUCCAACAACAAUUUCUUUGGACAGUGGCCCACAGAGUUUUUUUCAAACACCUCAUUACGAGCUAUAGAUUUGUCCAACAACAAGUUUGGAGGGUCAAUUCCACUUCCAUCUCCUGUCACAUUUUAUUAUGCUAUGGCAAGUAAUAAAAUAACAGGAAAAAUCCCCUCAUUGAUAUGCAAUUUUGCCAAGCUCGAGAUCAUUGACUUGUCCAACAACAGCUUAACAGGUAGCUUGCCUCGGUGCUUAACAAAUUUUAGCACCAGUCUAUCAGUUUUGAACGUGCGAAAGAAUUACCUUGAGGGCACAAUUCCUCAAGCAUUUUCUUCGAGAAGUGGCUUGAUUGCUCUUGCCUUGAGUCAAAAUCGGUUUGAAGGCACAUUGCCUCGGUCGCUUGUUAAAUGUAGAUAUCUGGAAGUUCUGGAUCUCGGUGACAAUCAAAUAGAGGAUACGUUCCCAAGAUGGUUGGGAACACUCCCAGAACUAAGAGUUCUUGUUUUGAGGUCCAACAAUUUGAAGGAUCUUUUGGAUAUUCCCAGUGGAGCUCAUCUCUUUCCCAAGCUACACAUUUUGGACCUCUCCAACAACAACUUUAGCGGUCCUUUGCCAGCCAACUUGAUGAUGAACCUUAAAGGCAUAAUGAACGGCGAAAAUGGGCAAGCCAAAUCAUUGUAUAUGACACAGUAUCUUUAUGAAUUUUCUAUGCAAUCUGCGUCAUAUGAAAAUUCCAUGACCGUGACCAUGAAAGGGAAAGAGACUGAGCUAGAGAAGAUCUUGACUUUCCUCACAAUUAUUGACUUGUCGGGCAACUCUUUUUAUGGGAAUAUCCCCGAAGUUAUUGGGCAUCUUCACUCUCUCGUAGGGCUCAACCUUUCUCAUAACCAUCUUACAGGUUCCAUCCCUCCGACUCUAGGGAACUUGACUGAGCUUGGAUGGCUUGAUCUAUCUUCGAACAAGCUUAGCGGGGAAAUUCCUAGAAAAUUGGGAGAUUUGGCAUCCCUUGGGUACUUAAACCUCUCGAAGAACCAACUCACCGGUCGAAUUCCACAAGAUAAGCAUUUGAGCACAUUUUCAAGCAACUCGUUUAGUGGGAAUCCGGGCUUAUGCGGAACUCCAUUGCCAAAAGCAUGCCCUGGCGAUGCUCAACCUCCUCCACCAUCAUCCUCAUCAACUUUUGAUCGCGAAGGGCAUGAGAGUUGGUUCAAACAGAAGAUAAUGUGGAUAGGUUAUGUAUCGGGAAACGUCAUUGGGAUUUCAAUAGCAUACAUUGCAUUUGAAACAGGAAGGCCCAUAUGGCUCGCGCGAACUGUGAGAAUGCUAGAGAGAAGAGCAGCCGAGUGGAUGAAGAAGGCAAAGCGAAAGGCCAUCAAAUUUCAUGGACAAUGAAAUUGUUUGAGGAGUUGUCUUUGUA